AGUAGACACAGUGGAUGAGCUUUAGGCUGUAACACUUGUGAAGCAUAAGUUGUGUGAUUUCCCCUGAUCUCCCGAAGGAACCAUGUCUGCUGUGUACCUUCUCGUCCUGCUGAUCCCUGUGGCCUCGGCUCAGACUUUUCACUGGGGUCGCUGUCCCACUCCGAAGGUGCAGUCCAAUUUCAGUCUUCAGCCGUACAUGGGAAAGUGGUAUGAGAUUGAAAAGCUGCCUGCUCACUUUGAAAUAGGAGAGUGCAUCCAGGCAAACUAUUCCAUGAGGGAAAAUGAGACCGUCCAAGUGUUGAACUCCCAGGUGUUCACCCUCAGGAACAAGAAUGGCAGCAGGUGGUUCAUAGAGGGGACAGCCAAGGUUGUGGACCCACAAGAACCAGCCAAGUUAAGAGUCAAAUUUGCAUCUUUUCUUCCCUACUCUCCAUACUGGGUUUUGUCAACUGACUACAACAGCUAUUCCAUCGUGUACUCCUGCACAAACAUCUUUAAGAUAUUCCAUGUCAACUUUGCCUGGAUUUUGUCACGGUCGCCCACCCUGCCUGCAGUGAUGGUGGAUUAUGCCAAAAAGCUGCUGAUUGAAGAAGGAAUCGACAUUUCCAAGAUGACGCACACAGAUCAGAGCUGCAGGGUAUAAGUGAAGAUGCUCAUUCUUUGCAGGAGUUUUGCUUUAUGAAGAGUUCUCCUCAAAUCUGUCUUUAUCUGCAUUACUCUGUCAUCUUUUGAUUUUUUGCAUCUUUUCAGGACUAUUUUAAUACACUAAAGUCAAAAAUAUGUUGGUUCUUUAAAAUGGGUAACAUAUAACUCCAGAUAUUAAUUAUCUGAUUAACAGAGCACUAUUACUUAGUUACAAUAAUCACAGAAACAAGC